GCCCGCGGAGAGCCGCCCUGCCCGGGCCCGCUAGCCAUGGCGGGGACGGAAGCAAGCCUGUUGCGCCAGUUCCCGCUACUUCUGCCUCAGAACCGGGCGAAAACCGUGUAUGAGGGAUUCAUUUCGGCUCAGGGAAGAGACUUCCACCUUAGAAUAUUAUUGCCUGAAGAUUUGCAAAUGAAGAAUGCAAGAUUACUAUGCAGUUGGCAGCUGAAAACCAUACUUAAUGGAUACCAUCAAAUAGUCCAACAGAGAAUGCAGCACUCUCCCGACCUAAUGAGUUUUAUGAUGGAGUUGAAGAUGAUUUUGCAUUACACGGAGAGAAAAGGAGAGGCAGAGAGAGAGAGAGGUCUUCCAUCUGCUGGUUCACUCCCCAGUUGGCCGCAACGGCCGGAGCUGUGCCGAUCCAAAGCCAGGAGCCUGGCGCUUCCUCCAAGUCUUCCCAUGCAGGGGGUUGCUCUAAAGAAUUCUCAGGAGAUACCUGUGCUAACUUCACCUCCCCAGUUCUAUUCAAGCCUUAUUGAAGAGAUAGGAACUCUUGGUUGGGAUAAACUUGUGUAUGUGGAUUCUUGCUUCAGUACCAUCAAGUUAAAAGCAGAAGAUGCUUCUGGUAGAGAGCAUCUACUCACCCUCAAGUUAAAGGCAAAGUACCCUGCAGAAUCACCAGAUUGUUUUGUGGAUUUUCCUGUUCCUUUUCCUGUUUCUUGGACACCACAGAGCUCUUUAGUAAGUAUUCAUAGUCAGUUUUUGGCAGCGUUAGAAUCACUGAAGGCAUUCUGGGAUGUUAUGGAUGAAAUUGAUGAGAAGACCUGGGUACUUGAGCCAGAGAAACCUACACGGAGUGCAACAGCACGCAGAAUUGCAAUAGGGAAUAAUGUUUCCAUAAAUAUAGAGGUAGACCCCAAACAUCCUACUAUGCUUCCUGAAUGCUGCUUUCUUGGUGCUGACCAUGUGGUAAAGCCCCUGGGAAUUAAGUUGAGCAGGAACAUACAUUUGUGGGAUCCAGAAAACAGUCUGUUACAAAAUUUGAAAGAUGUUUUAGAAAUUGAUUUUCCAGCUCGUGCUACCCUGGAAAAAUCUGAUUUUACUAUGGAUUGUGGGAUUUGUUAUAGCUAUCAACUUGGUGGUGUCAUUCCUGAUCAAGUGUGUGACAAUCCCCAGUGUGGACAACCUUUUCAUCAAAUAUGUUUGUAUGAGUGGUUGAGAGGCCUACUCACCAGUAGACAGAGUUGUAACAUCAUGUUUGGUGAAUGCCCAUAUUGUAGUAAGCCAAUUACCUUGAAAAUGUCUGGGAAGAAACCCUGAAAUAAGAACGUGAUGUUUUGUGAAGAGCCAGACAGUAAAAUUAUCAAAAAAUUUUUAUUUGACAUCUUCAGAGAAAGUAUAAAGCAAGACAUACUAACACCAAAAGGACAAGUAUUGUGAAGCCAUAAUAAUACACAUCUGCCUUUGCCUCUUCACUAAGAGUCAACUGAAAAAUUGUGGGCCAAAGACCAGUAGAACUUUCUAUAUUUGUGACUUCCAUACCAACUGUGGAAGGGUAUGUAUCCCAUGCUGGAGAUCUUGACUUGCUGAAUUUAUCUGGACUGGUAAAAUCUUGAUGGGAUUCAUAGAAUGAAUGUGGGAAUUGUAGGUAGCUAGAUUUUUGUGGGAAACUGUUUAUUUCAUGCAAAAGUUCUUGAGAUUCAUAUUUUUGUCUUCUCCUUAUGCUUUCCUAUGGAAAAAAUAUAUAAUUUGUUAGAUGGCACAAAAUAUUUAAAUAAAUCUAUGAGAAUGCUAAAUAACUUGAUGGACAACACGAUUAAGUUUUAGGGUAUUAUAUUUCCACAGAAGUGAUUUUCAGGUAAUGACUCUGGGUUUUAAGUUUCUAAAUGGAAACAAAUAAACUGUGAAAACUUCUGAUCAUGAA